AUGCCUAAACUUGAAUUUGGUAAGGGCCUCUCUCCAAAUGGAAAGAAUAUUGGGCUGCCUAAUAUUACCUUUAAAUAUGACAAUUGUACUCCUUAUUUGAAUUCAAUAGGAAAACAUGUGAUUGGAGAUGUACAGAACAUCACUAUUAGUCAGUAUGCAUGCUCUGACCAAGUUGCAGUGACUGUAUUGUGGACAGCCAACCCCAUUGGUAUUGAAUUUCUGAAAGGAUUUCGAGUUAUACUUGAAGAAUUAAAAUCAGAGAGAAGACAAUGUCAGCAGUUACUUUUAAAAGACCCAAAGCAGCUCAACUCAAGUUAUAAGUGGACUAGAGUGGAAUCUCAGCCCUUCCUAAAUCUGAAAUUUGAAACUGACUAUUUUGUAAAGAUUAUUCCUUUUCCAUCCAUUAAGAAUGAAAGUAACUACCAUCCUUUUUUCUUCAGAACUCGGCCUUGUGAAUUGCUGCUGCAACCAGACAACCUGGUCUGCAAACCAUUUUGGAAGCCAAGAAGCUUGAAUAUUACACAGCAAGGUUUUACUAUGCAUGUAUCUUUUGAUCAUGCACCACAUAACUUUGGAUUCAGAUAUUACUACCUGCACUACAAGCUCAAAACUGAUGGACAGUUCAAACAGAAGAUGUGUAAACAGGAAAAGAAAAUAGAUGUAACAACUUGUAUUCUUCAGAAUGUCUCACCUGGAGAUUAUAUCAUUGAGCUUAUUGAUGAUACCAACACAACAAGAAAAUCAAUGCACUAUGUGUUAAAGCCAGUGCACUCCCCAUGGGCAGGUCCAAUAAGAGCAGUAGCCAUUACAGUACCCUUGGUUGUCAUCUCUGCAUUUGCAACACUUUUUACAGUGAUGUGUCGCAAAAAGCAACAAGAAAAUAUCUAUUCCCAUUUAGAUGAGGAGAGUUCUGAAUCUUCUACCUACUCUGCAUCUCUCCAUGUGGAAAGGCAGCAGCCUCGGCCCAAAGUCUUCCUCUGCUAUUCCAAUAAAGAUUGCCAGAAGCACAUUAAUGUCAUCCAGUGUUUUGCCUUUUUCCUUCAGGACUUUUGUGGUUGUGAGGUUUCUUUAGAUUUAUGGGAAGAUCUGAAAAACUGUAAAGAAGGUCAGAAAGAGUGGCUUCAUCGGAAAAUCAAUGAAUCCCAAUAUAUCAUCAUUGUAUGUUCAAAAGGAAUGAAAUAUUUUGUGGAGAAAAGGAGCUGGAAGCAUAAGAGAUCCAGAGAAAAGGAUACUGGGAAAGGAGAACUCUUUCUGGUUGCCAUAGCUACCAUAGCAGAGCAGCUACGUCAUGCAAAGCAAAAUUCACGUGACCUCUGCAAGUUCAUUGCUGUUUACUUUGAUUAUUCCUGUGAAGGUGACAUUCCCGGAGUAUUAGAUUUAACCACAAAGUACAAGCUUAUGGAUAACCUGCCUCAGCUUUAUGCUCAUUUAAAAUCCAGAGAUCUUAGCUUUCAUGAUUCAGAAUUGUAUCCUGUACAUAUUAGCAAAAGAAAUUAUUUCAGAAGCAAGUCUGGACGAUCGCUCUACGUAGCAAUUUGCAACAUGCACCAGUAUAUUGACCAGGAGCCUGACUGGUUUGAGAAGCAGUUUGCUUCUUUCUUCCCAACACCUUUACGUUGUCCGGAUCCAGUAAUAGAAACUUUUGACUCUGGCUUAGUAUUAAAUGACUUAGUCAAUAAACAAGUGACUGAUGGAGAUUUUUAUCUAAAAGUAGACGCAAAUGUUCCUCCUCCUUUACAUUCAGACUCUCUUUGUGUGACACAGCAUUUGAAUCUUGGGGUGGAUAGAGAAUCUCAGGACAUUCAGACUGCUUCCAUUCUUCAGCCAUUGCUGCAUGUUGUAAAAGCUGCCAAUCUACCAGACAUGCCCCGAGAUUCGGGAAUUUAUGAUUCCUCUGUUCCUUCAUCUGAACUGUCACUAUCUUUAAUGGAUGGACUCUUAACAGAUCAAACUGAAACAUCUUCCAUUACAGAGAGUGUCUCUUCCUCAUCAGGACUAGGAGAAGAUGAACCGCCUUUGCUUGCUGCCACCAAAUCCCUUGUGCCUGGAAUUUGUAAAGCAGAACUUCACUGCUGUAUCCACACGGAAGAACUGCAGGCAAUUGCACCUUUAUAA